AUGAGUCAAUUAGCACAGCCUGAAUCGUAUUCCGGGGUGCAACUCAAAGAUAACUCCACUUCCAGCUAUGGAGACUGUAAGGCAUCGGAUAACCCACCAGAAAUAUUAUCAAUGUGUUGGACAGAUUCUUAUGAAAAAGAGACCGAAAUAAAUACUGGAGGGCAAACCUCAAGAAUGACGGUUAAUCCACUUAAUCCUAUGUUAGUAGCAACUGGAGGAAAACAAAACAAUCUAAAACUAUGGGAUUUAUCAAAACCAAAGGAACCUGUCUUUAAAGCAAAAAAUAUGCCAAAUGAUUCGCUAGGUUUACAAGUACCUGUAUGGAUUACCAAUAUUGCAAUAUUACCUUGUAAUCAUCAGCAACCAGAAAUCAUCACAGUAUCAAAAUAUCAUAAGAUUCAAGUUUACGAUCCUAGAGCCCAAAGACGACCUGUUUCUGUAACAGAAUUGGGCAAUUCCCCGCUUCUGUCCCUCGCACUCGAGCCUGAGCAAAGGAGAGUUAUCGUGGGAGAUAAUAAAGGGACUAUGACGUUAUUUGAUCUGAAAUCAAAACGUCCAGUCGGCAAUUUUAAAGGCUGUACAGGUUCAAUUCGGUCAAUUGCUUGUCAUCCCUCUGAAAAUGCCAUUGCAGCCUGUGGGCUAGAUAGGCACUUGAGAGUGUUUGAUCUUGAGUCAAGGCAGCCUAGAUAUAAAUUUUACUUGAAAUCAAAGUUAAACAGUCUUUUAUUCCAUUCUCAAUCAUUUAAGAAAAGCAAGAGGGAACGUGGUACUACAGCAGAAAAUGACGACAAUGAUAGUGAACUUUCUGACGUUUGGGAUGAAUUAGAAGUAAUCGAAGACUCAUUACCUCAAAAAAAAAAAAAGAAGACAAAGUCAAGCAACUAG